UUAAUCAUUCUUAUUACUAUUAAAGAAAAUGUACCAAUGAGUCAAUGUCAGAAGACAACGUGUUAUAGAUCACAUCACACUGUAUAGACAAUAUUAUAAAAAGGAAAGUUGUAACAAACACUUCCGACCACCAAAGAUCUGAGUUCAGACACGAGCCCAAAAUUCAAAGAUUCGAGUAAGUAUUAGCCAUGGCUACGGAAACAUCUGUUUCAGACAACCAAAACCCAGAAAUCAACAGCCCAAAUAAGCAGAUCUUCAUCUUAUCCGGUCAGAGCAACAUGGCCGGCCGAGGCGGAGUAAAUAAAAAUCACAAGUGGGACGGAGUCGUACCGCCGGAGUGCCGACCCAACCAUGGGAUCCUCCGACUGAGCGCUAAGCUCCACUGGGAAACCGCUCAUGAGCCUACCCACAAAGACAUCGACACCAAAAAGACCUGCGGAGUUGGGCCGGGAAUGGCUUUCGCCAACGCCGUGAAAGCCCAUCUGGCCCAGUUCGGCCCAGUGGGCCUGGUGCCCAGCGCUGUGGGUGGAACGGCCAUUAAGGAGUGGGCGCGUGGGGAACACCUCUACGAAGAUAUGAUAAAGAGGGCGAAAGAGAGCGUGAAGAGAGGGGGUGAGAUUCGAGCUUUGCUUUGGUACCAAGGAGAGAGUGACACGUCAUCGGAGGAUCAAGUUGAGGUGUAUCAGGAGAAAAUGGAGAAGCUUAUUCAGAAUGUUCGACAAGAUCUUUCUCUUCCUUCACUUCCAAUCAUUCAGGUAGCAAUAAUUUCCGGUGUUGAUAAGAACUGUGCGGAGAAAUUAAGGGAAGUUCAAUUGAAUAUGAAGGUGGAAAAUGUUGUGUGUGUUGAUGCAAAGGGAUUGGAGCUCAAAUUUGAUAAUCUCCACCUAACAACAGAGGCCCAGGUUGAAUUGGGCCAAAAAUUGGCCCAAGCUUAUCUCUCUAACUUUGGGCCAACUCAGUAUCAAUCCCAACCUGAGGCAACAACAACAAAGUCCAUGUAUACACUUUUUACACUUUUACUUUUGGGAUUUGUUGGUUUUUCCUAUUUGUUUCUUUAUUACCCGUUUUUAUAAUUAGAAACUCCAAAUUACCAUUAACACAUAGAACAAGAAUAUGAUUUUAUAUGACUUAGAGGUUAUAAGAUAAAAACUUUAUCUCGGGGAUUUCAUUGAUUUUAAUGCAAUUUAGUAUUUGUAUUCUUUUUGUUAUAUUUAUUUUGAGGUUAAGAUAAAAAAUAAUUCAUUACAUUCUUAUUAUAUUUUUCUAGAAUAAUGUGCGAGAUAAACAUUUAAGUUUAACUAUCAGUAUAGAUAAAUAGUUUUAAGUUUAAUUAUCAACAUAGAUAAAUAGAUAAAUAGUUAAGUUUAAUUUUUUACAGUACUAAUAAAUAAUUUAUUUUCUGUAUUUGACUAAUAGAUGUCAAGUCAUUGUUUUAUUCAUAUAUUAUUUUUUUAGACAGUGGUUAUUGGCUUUACAAUAUUCUAUAAAUAUAACUUAGUUGUUAUUAUUAUCAAAAAUUAAAUUUAAAUAAAAAUUAAACUUAAGUAUUUAUAUCAUAUUAUAAAUUACUUUAUUUUUUAUUGUGAAGUUUGAUGUAUUUAGACUUUUUCUUCUUAUUAUUAUUUGUUUAGAUAUGUUUUCAGAAUUUUAAUGAAAGGUUUUUUUUAUUUUGAACUGGUAUUCAAGAACAACAUUAUGUCUAAAACUUAUAGUUAAAGAUUUUACCAUUAUUAUUUCUAAACCUUUACAUUAUUUUGUAUAUUACAUCGAAACUUUAUAGUUCUAAAUUAAGCUAUAGAAUUUUUUGUUUUUAAAUAAAAUUUUCUGAUUUUUGUAUACACUAACACGAUAAUCAAUAAAAUUAUUGUAAAAAAGGACCCUUGUAUUUAUGAUAGCAGUUAUGGAAUUAUGUAACUGCUAGAGAUAUAUUAUUAUUUAAUUGUAUUUUAUUAUUAUUAUUAUUAUUAUUUCGUUAUAUUCUCUCUACCAAAAAUUAGGUAUUAAUUUUUUUUCUUAUAUAUUUUUAUCUCUAACCUAUAAUCUUAUUAAUUUUUGCCAAUCUCUCUCUUCAUAUAGAACUAAUUAAUAAGUUUUUUGCAUUAUGCAGGUGAUAUGUGGUUUGAGGUUGUUACUUUGGGGUUUAAUAUUUGGUAAUGGUAUAGCUUAGCUUCCACUGCUAAAAGCUACAGCCCCAAAAAUUAAGUUAUAAAAUAAUGAGUGUGUGCUGUGUAGACUAGUUGUAGUUAUGAGUGUGUUAGAAGGAUUCUACAUUGUGUGGAAACUUAAUUUGUAACUUUGAAAAGAUUAUGAGUUAGAGAAUUAUUACUGUGGUAACACUGGUAAUUAAGAAUUGUUAUGUAGAAAAGUAGAUAAUGGAAGUAAACAUUGUAAUUAUAUAUUUAUUUUGCAAAUAAAAUUAGUAAUGUUUGAAUUUGCUAUUUAA